AUGCAAGUGUCGCUAGAGCUGAGGGUUUUCAGUUGGCCAAACGUCUCUCUGUUUUCAAUCAACUUACGAGUUGGAGCAAUAAUUGGAGCUGGAGUUUACAUUCUUGUUGGAACAGUUGCUAAAGAGCAAACAGGGCCUCCAAUCACAAUAUCAUUCCUCAUAGCCGGAAUAGCAGCUGCACUUUCAGCAUUAUGUUAUGCAGAACUCGCAUGUCGUUGCCCAUCUGCAGGGAGUGCAUAUCACUAUUCCUACUUAUGUGUUGGAGAAGGUGUUGCUUGGUUGAUUGGUUGGUCCCUGAUUCUUGAAUACAUACUUGGUGGAGCAGCAGUAGCCCGUGGCAUAUCCCCAAAUAUGGCUGUGUUUUUUGGAGGUCCAGAUAAGCUUCCUGCUUUCUUAACUCGACCCAUCAUUCUUGGAAUUGUAGUUGAUCCUUGUGCUGCUGUUUUAGUCUUCAUUAUAACUGGACUACUUUUCACUGGAAUCAAAGAGAGUUCAUUGGCUCAAGGCAUAAUCACAACAAUAAACGUUGUAGCCUUGCUUUUCAUCAUGGUAGUUGGUGGAUACAUAAGUUUCAAGACUCAAUGGGUGGGAUAUAAAGUUCCAGGCGGGUAUUUCCCGUAUGGAGCUAAUGGAGUACUUGCUGGAUCUGCAACCGUUUUUUUCUCAUAUGUUGGUUUUGAUGCAGUAACCAGCACAACAGAAGAGGUGAAGAAUCCUCAGAGAGAUUUACCUAUUGGGAUUGGGGUAUCACUGUUUAUAUGCUGUGUUUUGUAUAUGUUCGUAUCUGCUAUUGUGAUUGGUUUGGUGUCAUGUUCCCAAUUAGACCCUGAUACCCCUAUCGCCUCUGCUUUUGCUAGUUAUGGAAUGAAUGGAGCAGUAUACGUUAUAACAAUCGGAUCUGUUAUUGCUCUCUGUGCUGCUUUAAUCGGUGGAAUCCUUCCUCAAGAACACCAACACCCUUCUAUGGACAUUUUGAGGCCGAAUCCGGAUUUGUCUGACAAUCCACGAAUAUCCAUAAUACCCCUCUACGAAGACUCUAAUGUAUUUACCAAGUUUCUUAAUUUGCAACUUUAG